AGCUUGUGCGGCAUCUCCCUUUGCCGGAUCGAAGGUCGGCCUGUGUGCUGUGGUCAUGGCGCUCUUCUUAGCUUAGACUCGAAGUAGCGCUCGUUGUCGUCGUCGUCGUCGUCGUCGUCGUCGUCGUCGUCGUGGUCGUCGCUCGCAAGUUGGCAGCACACAAACACUUCAACAGACACCAGCAGUAGAGGACGAGCGGCGUCGCAUACAGCUACAGAGAGACAGCUAUGUACAGACAGGAGAUCAGACAUCAGACGGCCGACGAGCUGUACGGCGUCCCUGAGAACUUUCUUGAAAUUGAGGUCUGCAAUCCAAUGACACAUGGUAUCGGCCGCAAGAUGUACACGGACUAUGAAAUCAUCUGUCGCACCAAUAUCCCGGCCUUCAAGCUCAAGCAUUCGUCUGUUCGGCGUCGAUACUCAGAGUUUGAGCAAUUCAGAGAUAUACUAGAGCGAGAAUCAUCGCGUGUUACGCUACCCUCACUGCCAGGCAAGGUCUUCACCAAUCGAUUCAGCGAUGAAGUGAUUGAACAUCGUCGAGAGGGGCUUGAGCGGUUCUUGCAGAUUGUGUCGGGCCACCCACUGCUACAGACAGGAUCCAAGUGUCUCUGUGCCUUUAUCCAAGACCCACAGUUGGUAAGCUUGCAAUUAGUCAGUUCCACAAGCCAUUGCUAAUGUUCAAGGACCUCAAUCGGUACAUCUAAGGAGCUGUGCAUGUUGAGGAGUGACAAGAGAAAGCCCUAGCUGUGCUUUAGGUGAAUUGAAUGAGAUUAUGACUGAAUGAGCGAUUCUUGUUUGAGCACGAUUGAGCUGCGAACUGGCCUCUCAGCCUUUGAGCAUGUUUUGUUCCCUCU